AUAAAGCACUUGCUCACGUGACCGAAGUUGGAAGGACAAAUAGUUUUAAAAGUUUUGGCACACUUUAUGUAUUUGUUGGACGAAAACACAAAUAAUUUUAAGAGAUAUGGCUAAAGGUUCAGUUCCUAUGAGAGUCAGAAGGAGGCAGUCAGAUGCCAAGUGGAGGGCCAGUGUUGCCACGUGUUAUGACACACUCAAAUCAAUUAUCCCAAAUAGCGACAAAAUGUCGAAGCGGAAAAUAUCCAAGGCUUAUGUUUUACAAGAGACAGAAAAACACAUUCAAAACCUUGAAAGAACACUCCAAGAAAUUCUGGACCAGAAAGUAAAAAUGAAGAAUAAAGCAGCUCUAUAUAAGACAGAGCAGGGUUUGGUGGAAGCAAAUGUAAUGGACCUGAAAAACCACUUCUCUCUCAAACAACAGGAAUUGUAUCUGCAGAAUUAUGCCCAGCGUAAAAGAAGUCGAUGUAAUGUUCCGUCAGACAUGGAAUCAGGAUUGGUCAACAUGAGGUCGUCCCUCUGUGACCUGAUGGUGUUACCUGCAGAGUGUCUGAAGACUGACCUUUUACAGAUCAAUGUUUCUCAGUUGGAUGAAGCAGUGGUACCCACGGCCACAUCCUCUGAACCACAGAACUCGGCAAAACUGGAGAUAUCCAACGAGAUGGAAAAACUGCCUCAAAAGAGAGAUUCAUCAUCCCACACUACUGAGGGAAUGUCCUACAACACAGAAUCGUACCUCUGUAAUGGCCUUCCCAUGGAUCAGCAAACCACAAUGCUCUUACCAAGAUCUGAUCAUGACGUCCCCCAUCACUUCUUUAUGACUACACCUAUCAAGGAGAUUCCUAAGUACAGAGCUGUGCCUGUCCAUCAGAUCCUGACGGAGCAUUUCAUCAGCCCUCCCCCGGGGAUACGCACAUUCUGUGGUCGAGCUCUGGACAGGACUCCGUCCACGGAGAGAAGGGGAAAAUCAAAAACUCCAACAGAGAAAGUGAUUCGUAAGAUGCAGUUUGACAACAAAGGAUUUACACCUGUAAAGUUACCUGAACCAGAUGAUCAAGGUGUUCCUGCAUCACCUUUUACUCUCAUCUGUGGAAAGCUUUGUAAUGAAGAAGAGGAGGGAAACCUCAGUUUGUCAGAUCUGUUGUGUACAGAGAGCAUAGAGCAAAUGGAUCUGGAGGAUGAAGAGGAUAUCCCAAAACAGAAUCAGAGCACUCCAAACCACAGAAGAAGCAGAGUAAAGCAGAAAGACAAGGAUGAAAAAUCCCGUGGUCGUAGUAGAAGUAUUUCUACAGACAAACAAUGCUCUCGAGAGAAGAAAUGUAGACGACAGCUAGAGAAGAGUUUUCAUGAAGAGAGAAAUGUGGAGGAUGCUCAUUCCAUUGAAGCUGAUUCACAGAAAGAAAAUGAUGGUUAUGCUAUGUUUUGUCAUCAUCUGGAUCAAGAGAAGUUCUCUGUUCUGGCUGAGGAUUCUUACCCAGUGUGGAAUGAAGUGACAGAACCAGACAUUUAUAUAAACAUGGCAUCGCUGACAAACAGCCAAUCAGAUGUCAGUAGCUGGAGCAGUCAGGAGGUGCAUGUCAGCCAAUCACAAGAUACAUCAGAGGUGAACCAGGUGGUUCCUGGAUCCUCCUUCUUCAAUCAUGUUGAUCUGAUCCCCACGUCACUUCCCGUCCAGGUUGAGUUCCAAUCUCCUAAAAUAAAACAUGAGGACCCAUGCAAUGACACAGGAUUCUUUGCUAUCAGUGACGACUCGGUGAUAAACGAUCCCUACAUGGAAUCUGCAUGGGAAUCUCAGGUGGUGCCAGAGCUGAACUACCUCACACCACACGAUCAGCAAAUUCUGUUUUAAUGUAGUAAUUAACCCAUACACCACUCUGAGUGGUGCCAGAGUUUAACUAUAUCACAUCACACAAUCAGCAAAUUCUGUUUUAAUUUAGUAAUUAACCCAUACACCACUCUGAGUGGUGCCAGAGCUGAACUAUAUCACACCACACGAUCAGCAAAUUCUGUUUUAAUUUACUAAUUAACCCACACACCACUCUGAGUGGUGCCAGAGUUUAACUAUAUCACAUCACACAAUCAGCAAAUUCUGUUUUUAUGUAGUAAUUAACCCACACACCACUCUGAGUGGUGCCAUAGCUGAACUAUAUCACACACAAUCAGCAAAUUCUGUUUUUAUGUAGUAAUUAACCCACACACUACUGUGAGUGGUGCCAGAGCUGAACUACAUCACACACAAUCAACAAAUUCUGUUUUUAUGUAGUAAUUAACCCACACACUACUGUGAGUGGUGCCAGAGCUGAACUACAUCACACACAAUCAACAAAUUCUGUUUUUAUGUAGUUAUUAACCCACACACUACUGUGAGUGGUGCCAGAGUUUAACUAUAUCACAUCACACACAAUCAACAAAUUCUGUUUUUAUGUAGUAAUUAACCCACACACCACUCUGAGUGGUGCCAGAGCUGAACUACAUCACAUCACACACAAUCAGCAAAUUCUGUUUUUAUGUAGUAAUUAACCCACACACUACUGUGAGUGGUGCCAGAGCUGAACUAUAUCACACACAAUCAACAAAUUCUGUUUUUAUGUAGUAAUUAACCCACACACUACUGUGAGUGGUGCCAGAGCUGAACUACAUCACACACAAUCAACAAAUUCUGUUUUUAUGUAGUAAUUAACCCACACACUACUGUGAGUGGUGCCAGAGCUGAACUACAUCACACACAAUCAACAAAUUCUGUUUUUAUGUAGUUAUUAACCCACACACUACUGUGAGUGGUGCCAGAGUUUAACUAUAUCACAUCACACACAAUCAACAAAUUCUGUUUUUAUGUAGUAAUUAACCCACACACCACUCUGAGUGGUGCCAGAGCUGAACUACAUCACAUCACACACAAUCAGCAAAUUCUGUUUUUAUGUAGUAAUUAACCCACACACUACUGUGAGUGGUGCCAGAGCUGAACUAUAUCACACACAAUCAACAAAUUCUGUUUUUAUGUAGUAAUUAACCCACACACUACUGUGAGUGGUGCCAGAGCUGAACUACAUCACAUCACACAAUCAGCAAAUUCUGUUUUAGUUAUGGUACACACUCCAGUCUCCAGAUUUUAUACUGACAAAAGACGUGUGUCAUUUUAUACUGACAAUAGACGUGUCAGUUUAUACCGACAAUAGACAUGUGUCAGUUUAUACUGACAAUAGACAUGUGUCAGUUUAUACUGACAAUAGACAGAUCUCAGUGUGAAGCAUGAUAUUAUAACAAGGAACUAAGAUAGAAUAUCAGAGAACAUUGAAAACUUGCCAAUAGAGACAAGCUGUACAUCAUUAUUACAAAAUGUUAAAUAGAUCGCAUUUAAACAUUGUCAAGAAAUUUAAACAUUUAAAGUUUAUACUAUUUGAAGAAACUUUUAACAAUCAAAAGUAUUUUGUUGCCAAUUACCUGGUACUUUCAAUGUAUAGCAGUUAUUGCAUUCUUAGUUGAAGACCAGAAUUAUUAUUUUCAUGUGUGUAACAAAUUUUUUGCAAUCAGUGGUUUAUACACAAUGUAAAAACUUUUCAAUAAGAAUUCUGAAUUGUACAAACCAUAUCCUUCAAAAUUUUGUUUGAGUUUUUUGAAUUGUAUAUAUCUUAGGACCAGUUAUUAGCCAGUGAUUGUGUUUUAUCUAAGGAUUGUAGGAUAACGUUCUGGAGACUACUUGUUUAUUGAAGUAUUUAUUUAUUUUGCUUGUUCUUACCUCAGUGAUGGAGGUGAUUUUACAUUUUGUUCUUGUAUAAAUAAACUAAAAAUGACAAUG